AUGUGGAAGGAAAACAUCACCAAUAUUACUGAGUUCAUCCUGGUGGCCUUCCCUACUGCCCCUUGAGUGCAGGUUUUGCUCUUUUUCCUCUUCCUUGUUGCCUAUCUAUUUGUACUGUUGGAGAAUUUGGUCAUCAUCCUCACUGUAUGGGUCACUGGGUCCCUGUACAAGCCCAUGUACUAUUUUCUGGAGGCCUGGUAUAUAACUGUCACAGUCCCCAAGAUGCUGGCUGGAUUUCUACUUCACCGUAAUACUAUCUCCUUCCUGGGUUGCAUGAUCCAGCUCUAUUUCUUCAUCUCACUUGCCUGUACUGAGUGUGUGCUUUUGGCUGCCAUGGCUUAUGACCGUUAUGUGGCCAUAUGCUGGCCUCUUCGUUAUCCAGUCAUGAUGACCACAGGGUUUUGUGUUCAGCUGACCAUCACUUCCUGGGUGAGUGGCUUCACCAUCUCCAUGGCAAAGGUAUACUUCAUAUCCCAAGUUGUCUUCUGUGGCAACAAUAUUGUGAACCAUUUUUUCUGUGAUGUGUCUCCCAUCCUCAAACUGGCCUGCAUGGAUUUUUCUAUGGCUGAGAUGGUAGACUUUGCACUAGCCAUUAUCAUCCUUGUGUUUCCUUUCUCAGCCACUGUCCUCUCCUAUGUUUUCAUUGUGUCUACCAUCUUGCAUAUACCCUCAGAUAGUGGGCAACGGAAGGCUUUCUCCACUUGUGCCUCUCACCUCACUGUGGUGGUCAUCUUCUACACAGCUGUAAUCUUCAUGCAUGUCUGACCUCGAGCCAUUGCCUCAUUCAACUCCAACAAACUGAUCUCAGCCAUAUAUGCAGUCUUUACCCCCAUGCUCAACCCUAUUAUCUAUUGCCUAAGGAACAAGGAAGUCAAGGAUGCCAUCAGAAAGACCAUGACAAGUGGCCAGUCUAUUUUCUUGAGAGAUUCUCUUUGCUAA